UGUCAUGUGAUUUAUCAGCUGACCCCUUUUCUACACACGGUAACAGCGUGAGAAAACUCUUCUCCAAACAGAGACCCUUGACGCAAAAUUACAGCUUUGUAGCCUACAUUUGAACAUUUCCUACGAAACUGUAAAUAACAUAUCCGGUCAAGGCUACCUAUCGAAUUUUAAAUCCGUGUUGCAAUCUGUGACCUGUUGACGCGCAACAUUGUUUCCAAUCAUUGACCACAAGAACAAUCGCCAAAGAUAUGAAGAGGAGACUUCUGCUCGUGUCCAACUCAACCCUGCACGGGGGAGGAUAUCUGGAACAUUGUCAACAGCAGAUCAAAGACUUUUUCGGAAUAGGGGUGAUGAGGAUUUUAUUCAUCCCCUAUGCACUGUGUGAUAGAGAUGGCUACGCAAAGACUGCCAGGGACAAGUUCAACAGUCUGGGUUAUGAGGUGGACAGCAUACACGAGGCCUCUGACCCAGUGGAAGCUGUAAGGAAGGCUCAGGGUAUAUUUAUAGGUGGUGGCAACACAUUCCGUCUGCUGAAAUGUCUCUACGACAACAAUGUGCUGUCUGAGAUCAACAAGAGGGUUCUGCAGGAUGGUGUUCCCUACAUGGGUUCCAGUGCUGGCACCAACGUCUCUACUGUCAGCAUCAACACCACCAACGACAUGCCCAUCGUGUACCCGCCCUCCUUCAAUGCCAUUGGUCUAGUGCCUUUCAACAUCAACCCUCACUUCCUGGACACGGACCCUAACAGCAGACACAUGGGGGAGACACGAGAGCAGAGGAUCAUUCAGUACCACGAGGAGCCUGACACUCCAUCUGUUCUGGGCUUGAGAGAGGGUUCCAUGUUGCUUGUGGAAGGAAACAAGGCUACUCUACUGGGCACCUGCAAGGCACGGCUGUUCACCAGGGGGAAGCCAACAACAGACUUUGAAUCUGGCAGUGACCUCAGCUUCUUGCUGACAGACAGACAGUGAAGUUGUACAUCUCCGUUCUCCCCAGCAAGACUGAUGCAGAUCCCUUUUUUUUUUUUAUCUUAAUUGACUGGCCAAGUAAAAAAAAAGAACAGAUUCUUAUUUCCAAUGACGGCCUGGGAACAGUGGGUUAACUGCCUUGUUCAGGGGCAGAACGACAGAUUUGUACCUUGUCAGCUCGGGGGGUUUGAACUCACAACCUUCCGGUUACUAGUCCAACGCUCUAACCACUAGGCUACCCUGCCGCCUUUCAAGUGGAAAUGCACUUAUGUCAAAAUAAAUAUUAUUACCCCCAAAAA